CAAGGCGUUCACUUUGUCGAAGCAAAGACACGACAAGUUGAAUGUAAGAGAAAAAACUGACCAGUCCUUACAUAUUCUCUACCAUGAUGGAUGUAGGAACGUUACUGCGUCGCUCCUUACUGUUGGCUUUACUUCUAUGUACAGUGACACAGGAAGCGCGAGGAUUGCUGUGCUAUUGUGAACGAUGUGUAAAUCAGACAUGCAACACAACUGGCCUAUGCUUUGUGUUCGUCACAAAGACUGCUGGACAGACUGUGACACAUGAUGGUCAGUGCCUUGAGCCGGAUAAUCUGGUCCCAAAGGACAGACCAUUCCAGUGCGCCCCCACCAACCAUGGCAGGCACCCGUACUGCUGCAACGACACCAACCUGUGCAACAAGAACCCCAAAGUCACCUUCCCAGAGGAUCCAAUAGAACAGCGGUCUUUGAGUCCAGUGACCUUGGCCGCUAUGAUUGCGGUGCCCAUCUGUGUGCUGAUCUUUGCUCUAGUGCUACUUUUCUAUAUGUGCCACAAUCGCUCCAUCAUACACCACCGUGUGCCAAGCGAGGAAGACCCUAGGAUGGACCACCCCUUCCUUGCAGACGGCACCACUUUGAAAGACCUCAUCUAUGACAUGACAACCUCUGGAUCAGGCUCAGGCUUGCCGUUACUAGUACAGAGGACCAUCGCCAGGACCAUCUUACUGCAGGAGAGCAUAGGAAAGGGCCGUUUCGGAGAGGUGUGGAGGGGCCGUUGGCGUGGAGAGGAGGUGGCGGUAAAGAUAUUCUCUUCCAGAGAGGAGCGCUCCUGGUUUCGUGAAGCAGAGAUCUAUCAGACUGUCAUGCUUCGCCAUGAAAACAUCCUGGGUUUUAUUGCUGCGGACAAUAAAGAUAACGGCACAUGGACUCAGCUGUGGCUGGUUUCUGAUUACCAUGAACACGGCUCGCUCUUUGACUACCUGAACCGGUACACGGUCACGGUGGAGGGCAUGAUUAAGCUCUCGCUCUCCACUGCCAGCGGUCUAGCUCAUCUGCAUAUGGAGAUUGUGGGUACUCAGGGUAAGCCUGCUAUUGCCCAUCGUGAUCUGAAAUCCAAAAACAUCUUGGUGAAGAAGAAUGGAACCUGCUGCAUCGCUGACCUGGGCCUGGCAGUGCGCCACGAUUCUGCCACAGACACCAUCGAUAUCGCACCCAAUCACCGAGUGGGCACCAAAAGGUAUAUGGCCCCCGAGGUUCUGGAUGACUCCAUUAACAUGAGGCAUUUCGAGUCUUUCAAAAGGGCAGACAUCUACGCCUUAGGUCUGGUGUUCUGGGAGAUCGCUCGCAGGUGUUCGAUCGGAGGCAUCCAUGAGGACUACCAGCUCCCUUACUAUGACCUCGUUCCCUCUGACCCAUCAGUUGAGGACAUGAAGCGGGUAGUUUGUGAUCAAAAGCUUCGUGCCAACAUCCCUAACAGGUGGCAGAGCUGUGAGGCCCUGCGUGUGAUGGCGAAGAUCAUGAGGGAAUGCUGGUAUGCCAAUGGAGCGGCUCGGCUCACUGCACUACGUGUGAAGAAGUCUCUGUCACAGCUCUGCCAACAAGAGGGCAUCAAGAUAUAGAGCAACAUUGUCUCAUCUCUCAUUGUGCACUGCCUGUUCCUCCAUCGAUCUAUGAUGGCGUGGAGCCUUACUUCAGCACAUUAACAGGACAUCACAUUAAGGAUCUGCCAGGAAUUUUGAGCGACCGGUGUAAUUUGGUCUCGCGAAAAAAAUGAGGUCCGUAAGAAGAUUCAUUGGAAUCAUAAAACACCACCGCGAGAAACCUAUACAGUAGGUCCUCUGGGAUGUGAGUCAACCCGUUGUUUGGUGGCUGACCACACUCUUAACUAGCCAGUGUAUUGUGCUUUGCAAGAUGGACUUGACCGUUUUUGUGUUGUGUUUUUUGUAUAUAGCCUACUUGCUUAUGUAUAUUGGUAUGCUGAUGUAUUCAUUUAUAGGGUUACACAUGUGUGUAUGUAUAAAUACCGCAAUGUCUCAUGUUACCAGGAAGUGCCAGUGCUCUGAAUCAUUCAUAUGUUUACCAUAUUUGGUAAAAAGUGUCUCUGUGGAUUUUGAGUCACUAUGUAUCACUUGUUUGCAUGUCGAAAAGGUGAGCCUUAAAGGAAAAACUGUUUAUAUUGAUUGUUUGUUUGUGACUCGGGUCUGUCUGGAAUGCUUUCAUAAAAAACUUUCCAGACACAGACAGAAGUAAAUUGUAAAGGUAAGCGCAGUCAAGUUCAUUCUGUAUUGCAUUUUAUAGCUGGCUGGAUUCAGCAGUCUUUAAGAGACGUGACUUGCCGUGAAAGCAAAGAAAGGCCAGCUGGCCAAUCUAGCUAUAGUAGCACCUCUAAAUGCUACACUUGACAUAUUUUUUCUCUUGUUGAAUUGUCAGUUAGUUGAAACUUGAGCACGCAUAUAUGUAGCCCUAUUCAGAGCGAAAUGAAAGCUGUAAAACUUUUUUGCUCCAAGAACCCCAGACGAGGUCUUGAAUGCUGCGUAUAUUGAAUUCUGUACAUGUUUCAAGGUAGUUGAACAGGUUGAAACUUAAAUAUUAUGCCAUUUAUUUCUAGUUCGCUGUAGAUACUUUUUAUAGUGCUGUUUUUGGUUAUUAUACUGACAUUGCACAUGUCAUCAAUCAUAAUUGAGCCACAAAGUAUCUUGUGGACUUGUGUAGCUUUCUUUAUGUCGGUAUUUGGUCUAAACAGUAAGUUAAUAUUUUGUCGUAUCUGUAGGGGGAGAAUGUUGAGAGUAUGAAUGCACUUUAAGUUUUCUUUUUAUAUACAUUAGAGAGCAGUGGCUAAUAUGGCUGCAUAUGGAAAUGUAUAUUUACUAAGAAUCCAAAUAUUGUGGUUGGCUUAAGUGUAUAAAGUGGAAAUCUCCAUUUGAGAGACUGUAGGUAGAAGAUGCAAACAGUUGAUACUGAAUACUACUGAAUACUACUCUAAAGACAUGCAACAAUCACCAGCAGCCUUCAGUAUGUUCCUGUCUGUGUUUUAUAGAUGUAUAUCCACCGUCUCACCAACUUCAAAUCAAUUUAUUGUCCUGAGGUUUGUCAACUGGUGUGCCAUGUAAGUUUGCAAAAUAUACAAACAGCGGUGUCAUUUUGAAUGUGCAGUAUUUUAUAUUUGGAAAGGUGUUCACUGUUCUGUAGCGCCACAGCUCGAUGCUGUCAUUGAAGUCACAUAUAGCAUUAACUCAAUGAAUGAAUGUUGUACAUAAGGUCUCAUGAAUACUUAUACUGUGAUUUUCAAGCCAGAUUUCAAACUCACUGUGCCCUCCAGUGCAUGAUGCAAUACAAGUGCCUCUGUUUUAUGAAGGUUUGUGCUUUAUUGCUAUUCGCAAUCUUAAAAUAUAGAAAAGUUCCAGUGCAGAUUUUUGCAAAAAAAAGAGAUAUAAAUUUCUUCUUAUUUAAAGGAAGUUCUGGGUACUUUGCUGUUUGGUUAUUCUAGUCUUGUGACACGUUUGAUCAGUUUUUUCUUCUGUAUAAGUCUCUGUAAUGAAGCCUUUUUAUGUUCAGUACUUGUACAGUAAAUACUUUUGAGUAUUCUCUUAAAUUGAAGCAUUUUACAUGUAAAAAAAACCAUGUGCUUUUAAAACAAUUCAUGUUAAAGCCUAAUAUGGACCAAUGCUCAAUGAUUUACCUCAGUCAUAUAACUCUUUUUUUUUUUCUGUACAUUUUACAUUUUGCUUUGUACAGUACAAAGGAAUUGUAUUGAAAAAUGCACAUUUAUUGUUGUAUGUUUUGUUUGUGUAAAAACCGUAUUCAAUGUAUUAUAUUCUUAAUAUUUAAAACAUUUGUCAGUCUGUGUAAAUGAAAGUGAUGUUUGUUUUUAAGUCUUUGUUUCUGUUGAUGAAUUUCAUUCAGGUUUGGCACGUCUGCCUGUGGCAUCAGUGCAGAGAACAGUCCACAUGAAGGUGAAUCACCACCAUUUGUUACUGUAGCAAAAUAGGAAUGCGAAAAAUUGCAUAAAAAUAUUUUUGCUUAUGACUUAUUACAAAUCUCGUAAAUGUAAAAUACCGGUAUGUGUUAAUAAAUAUGUAUUUUAAGUCA